AUGAAUGCUUUAAAUGAUAAUAUCCAAAACCUAUAUGAUGUUUAUAAAUGCUUUACUAAAAGGGCAAUACCAGGUGUAGAUAAUGAUAAUAAUAAAAUUGCACUUCCUCUCCUUGAUAUUCAGACAUUAAGACAUAUCUGUGGAUGUGCAGCGGAAGCAUUUCGAAGAGAUGAAAAAAUUAUGCACUUAAAUGGAAAAUUCAUCGUUGUAGGUGAUUUACACGGUCAUUUAAUGGAUCUUUUCCGAAUUUUCAAACAUUCAGGCUGGCCACCUCAAAACAAAUAUUUAUUCCUCGGCGAUAUUGUAGACAGAGGGGAAUUUUCACUCGAAACAUGCACAAUUAUCUUACUAUUAAAAGUUCUUUAUCCAGAACAUGUAUAUGUAAUCAGAGGAAACCAUGAAUUUGCAGAAAUGUAUCGCAUAGGAGGAUUUGGUGAAGAGCUAAGAAACACAUACAAAGAUAGUGAUGUAACUCCGUUUUUCGAUAUGACUUUUUGCGAAAUUCCAAUUGCAGCAAUCAUUAAUAUGAGAUAUCUAUGUAUCCAUGGAGGAAUUGGUCCACAGUUUUCCAGAAUAUCCGAACUCGAAAUGAUUCCAAGGCCUCUUGUUGGAUAUGUUGACGAAUUAUCACAAACUAUACUCUGGUCAGACCCAAGUCCAUACGUUACUGGAUUUCAACCAUCUUCACGUGGUUGUGGAUACUUCUUUGGCGAAGAUAAAUGCGCUGAAUUCAUCGAUAGAAAUGCAAUUGACAUGAUUAUUAGAGGGCACGAAUGUGUUGAGAAAGGCGUAGAAUUUAUGUUCAAAAGAAAAUGUAUGACCGUGUUUUCUGCUUCAAAAUAUUGCAAUAAUACAAAUAAUAAAUGUGGAAUUGCAGUAUUUUUGGAGAAUGACUCGUUCGAAAUAACUACAUUCCCUCCAGUUAAAACAUAUGUUCUCCGUUCAAAGUCAAAGUUUUAUUCAUUAGAUUUCUUCACUCAUAAAGCACCAAGAUUACCAACAAUACCUCACCAGAAUACAGAUCGCCCUCCUUCAUUUAGAAAGCCAAUUCCAAUGGCAAUGAAGAAAGGAAUAUCAAAGGCUGUUUCUGUUCAGAGACUAACAACAUUGAAGCGUGACCAUCCUUUUGAGUUAAAUUAG